GUGAGGAGCUGGGGGGGGACGGUGGCCCGCGAGGCUUGUCGCAGACAACGCGGCGGCGAUGUACGCGAGGCAGGCGAGUGCCGCGGCGGCAGCGGCGAGGCCUCGCGCGCGGCAGGACGGCCUGGGCUUCGGCCUCCCUCCGGUUCCUAGGAAGCGGACCGGCGGCCAGCAGAGUAGCAGCAGCAACAGCAGAGGCUCCGGCGCUGGUCUUUCCUCCCCUUCAGCCUGAGCCUGGGAGGCCAGGCGGCCCGGGUGGCUGGAGGGGGGUCCGCUGCCUGAGAAUGGGAAUUCUCUUCACCAGGAUAUGGAGACUGUUCAAUCACCAGGAGCACAAAGUUAUCAUUGUUGGGCUGGAUAAUGCAGGAAAAACUACCAUUCUUUACCAAUUUUCUAUGAAUGAAGUUGUACAUACAUCCCCUACAAUUGGAAGUAAUGUAGAAGAGAUUGUGAUUAAUAAUACACGUUUUCUAAUGUGGGAUAUUGGUGGCCAAGAAUCUCUUCGUUCUUCCUGGAACACUUACUAUACAAACACAGAGUUUGUAAUUGUAGUUGUGGACAGUACAGACAGAGAAAGGAUCUCUGUAACUAGAGAAGAACUCUAUAAAAUGUUAGCCCAUGAGGACCUACGGAAAGCUGGAUUGCUGAUUUUUGCCAAUAAACAAGAUGUUAAAGAAUGCAUGACUGUAGCAGAAAUUUCCCAGUUUUUAAAACUAACAUCUAUUAAAGAUCACCAGUGGCAUAUACAGGCAUGCUGUGCUCUUACUGGCGAGGGAUUAUGUCAAGGACUUGAAUGGAUGAUGUCACGACUUAAGAUUAGAUGAUCUCUGCUGACCUCUUCUGUCAUAGACUUUGUUAAAACAAAGUGCUGGACUUUACCUGAAAGCUGCAAAAAUUAAUGGUUUAGAUAUAUUUAUAAUAAACUGAUUUAAACUUUUUCUAUAAGAAGAAAAAUUAGGACCACAUAUUUGAAAACAAAGAUGAAGUCUCAUCUUCCAAUCUGCUUUCUCAUAAGUUCCUUCCAAAGCAAGGUCUUAAAGCUGUGAUUGACAUUUUUCUCAUAAUGAAUCCUCUCAGGACAUUGUAUAGCCUGUGGUAAGUAUAAAGGGAGAGGAAGACAUUUUUAACUUUAAGAGCUUUAUUAUCAGUAUAACCCUCCCUAGUUGAAUGUUGUUCUCUUCUUGUUCUAUUAAGUCAAAAUACAAAUCAGCACAGAUACUGAGUUUCCAAUAUUAUAAAAUGUAAUGUUACUUACGAAAAGUAUUUUGCAUAAAGUUGUGUAUGUAUUGUGUAUAUACCUCAAGUUUGUUAAUGGCUUUGAUUUAUGUUCUAAAGAAAGGUGAAUAACACAAAAAAUUAAUAAUAUCCUUAGUUAUAACCAUAACAAGAUGGAUACUGGCAUUGGUGUUAAGUGCCAUUUUGUACUUUGCCCCUGUGUUCUCUGUAUUGUACUAAUCAAGCCCGAAAAUCAUUGAGCUGCU